AUGUUUUCGGUUUAUUGCGCAGUGAGCGAUCGGCUGUUCAACAACUUGGUCAUCUUGCGUCAGCCUUGGACACACGCUGAAGCGCUGCUGCAGCCCGUGCCGUUUUCGUCCUGGCUUCCGCUGCUGGCGUUGGCGGCGUGCUGCUGCUUCGUGCCGCUCAGCGUCGUUGCAUUCAGCGUUGCGUUGGGUAGCGGCACCGUCACCAAGGCGAUAUGGUGCAUGGUCGCGGGAGGCGCUGGUCUCGCGAUGGCUCUGCAGGCAGCGGCGCUGCUGCACCGGUUGAAGGCGACCCCGGGCAAUGACCACGCGCGUCAGCAGCAGCCGCAAUCGGGGGCGGAACACGAGGGUCACAGCGCGAGAUGGGCAAGAGCAGCCGGGGGCUUAUCUAUUGCUGGGCAGGGCACGCAGCAGCAGCGGCAGCAGAAUCAGUCAAGGCAGGAAGGACAAAGACGGGUCCCGCGUGAGACGCUGGCGGGGCGACGGCAACACAACGUUCAGUGCCAAAGUUUGGAUCCACCUACAGGUAUCCUUGGAUCCGGAACUGGGUCGUCGUACGUCGGCAGCUGGGGUGGAUCGAGACUUGCGCUCAACAACGAAGGGCGCUCACAGCCCGUCAUGGAAUCAGCCGCAGCUAUGGAGGGCCCGUCGCUGCCGUCACCGUUGCGCCACAGCAGCAGCUCCGCACGGCCAAGCUGCGCAACCCCCUCGGCGUCCAGCAGCGCGGUCGCUUUGACCGAGGCACUACGUCUCGUACAGGAGCACCGGCUGAUGUCCUACAGCUGCGCGGCGCAGAGCGCCCACGUGCAGCUGCAUGUUGCGGGUGUGCAGCCCGGCGAGCUUUCCCCCGGAUGGCGGAAGGAGCUGGAGCGGCAGUUUGCAGGCCAGGGAUGGUGCCUUCUGAGCACGGCCGUUCGCCGCAGUACCUGCAUCUCCGUCACACUCGCCAGCCUGCAGGGGGACCAUCACACGGCUGCCCAUGCGGAUGCGGGUGCGGAAGUAGCUGCAGAGCAAGCGGCGGACGGGGCUAUUGUCUGGGAGGCUGGAACCGGGGCUUUGCCUGCAGCACGGGUUGGACUCACGGAGCCGAGCCUCCUUGCCACGCCUGAGGAGCUGCUGGCUGGGCUGAAGAUCAGCCGUCAGGAAAUCGGCCCCGGCUUUUCUUUUACCGUACAGGUGAUUACGGACGAUGGCCGCAGACACCGUGCCAGGUAUGUUUGCCAGGCUGAUGGUAGCUGGCUGAAGGAGCCGCUCGGCGAUGGCGGCUCAAGGCCGGCAGCCUUGGCGCCCGGUGUUAUGGCCAAGGGUACUGCCGGUGCGGCAAUGGCGGCGAAAGCACCACAGCUGCCACCAUGCAGCCAGCAACACGCCCAGGACCUCCACCGCCAUGGCAUUGAUGAUCUUGGGGGCCCCAUUAACAGUAAGCAGCGGAGCCCGACUGCCCCGGGUGCAUCGAAUGCACCUGGUAGCAGCAACAGCAGCGGUGACGCUGGUGCUGUUGGGACGGAUGUAGUCACGCAGGCGGACCUGGGCUUCGAUGCGCGAGGCGCUUCAAAGGAAUGGGUCAUCUGGACGCCGUAUGUGGUGCUUGGCACACUGGAGCUGGGCAACACCAUCGGCGCCGCCGCAUCAACUUGUGAUGGUGAUGGUAGUGGUGGCGGUCUCAUUGCCAGCUCCUUCCGCGCCCAGCGCUAUGAUACUCAUGUCCGGGCAGACGCGGUUACGUCGUCUUCGCCGCUGCACGGGAGCGCUGGCGCCGGAGCUGUGGAGCCAGGCGCGUGUGGUGACUGCGGUAACGAAGUGACAACAGGCGACCCAUGGGGCGACUGUGAUGUCGUGUUCCGUGCCCAGUCGCUCGGCGUUCCCUGCAAGGAGCUCAAAGUAUGCCAGGUGCUGACACAUCAAAGCGUCGCCGGUGCCAUGACCCGUUGGUCACAGGAACCGGAAUUCCGGAUGGAAUCUGGAUCCGGACCUGGGUCGUACAAAAGAGGGAAUGCAGCUGGCGGGCGGAGUCGGAUAUGGGCACUGACGGUGUGGGACGAGUCCGUGCCAGCAGAGGCAGGGCCGACGACCGUCGCCUUGCCACAGCAGCAGGGGCCUGGACGGAUCGGCGGUGGUGACAGACAUGCUGGCGCCGCGCCGCCGUUCCUUGUGGACCUGACGGCGUGGCAUGGCCAGGAGCUCCUGAUGGCACGUAUAGUGCUGCUCGUACCUCAAACACAGCCAUCUGUCUGCAGUGCCGUCGGCGGCGGUCACGGUUGCGACGGCGGCGACGGCGAUGUGACCUCAGGACGACGCUGGACACGACAGCUGGAGGAGCUUCUGAGCUUGCAACCCCCCAAUGUGGCCCAACACAUCACUGUGGAUCUGGGUCUCUUUCUUUCCGAUGCAUUGGAAGGCAUUCCUAGGGCUGAGCGGCUUUCGGUGCCAUCGGCGCCUGCGCCGGAGGCGAAAGGGAAAGCGCACGUGGGAUUGGCGCCCGCUGCUGCGGCUGCCGCCGCAGCCGCGUCGUCGGUAGAGGCCGGCUGCGGUGCACACACGGCGUCCGUUAUAGCCGUUGCGGCAACUGCUGUGCAUGGCGGCGGCGGCUCGCGGGUCGGCUGCCAGCUGGUGCUGCUACUGGACCUGGGCACAGGCCUGCUAUCUUUGGUGUUGAGACACGGCUGCUGCACACUGGCGGAGCUUAUCUGGGCGUCCUUGGAGCGUCUUGGUUUCGGAGCGGAGGAGGUGUUGCUGCACUGCGCAGGAUAUUCGCAGGGCAGCUGGCCCCUGUUGCACGCGGCCGCAGCCUCUGGAGAACCGCGGGUGGCGGAUCUGGUGCUGUCCUGGUACGCUGCGGCCAGCUUGCCGGAGCCCUGGCUGCAGCCUAUGCGGAUCCCGGGCUCGCCUGCAGUACUGACACCGCUGGCUCUGGCGGUGGCGACGUCGCCAUCAGGAGCCCUGCUGUCGUACAUUCUCCGAAACCAUCCUCAGGCGCUGGUGGCGUGGCGCGUCCGCAUGAAUGGUGCCAGCGGCAGGUCGAUGGCAGUGGCGGCGGGGCUAUGGGCCGUUGUAUUGGAGGCCGAUGUACGGACAGCGGUCGCGCCAGCAGCGACGGCGCUGGCGGCAGCGCUCCUUGGAUCCUUCCAGGCCACAUGCCCCAUGGCGGCGGCCGCGGCCGCGGCUGCGGCAGCAGCAUCAUCGCCCAUCGCAGCUUGGAGCUGGCUACAUGCAUCCCGCUUGGCGGGGCGCUGCGUCGCGGGUCGUCUGUGGUGGACGGUAUUGGAGGCGGUGCUGGCUGCUGUGAUGGCGUCGCCGCUAGGGCUGAGAUGGCACUGGCUGUGCUGUGCGGCGGCCGCGGCGAUGCGGUGCAUUUACCAAGGGGGGGAGGGGUCGCUGCUGCCGCCCUCUGAAAUGAGCGCGUACGGCCCCCAGAUGACGCUGGCUUAUGUGUUGUUCGUACUGGUAACCUCCUGCUGCUAUCAGGCUCCUUGCGGGCUCAACGUCUUCCUGCGCCUCGCUGAAGCUGUUACCGGCAGCCGGUUGCUGUACAAGUACGGCGCGACGAGCCGGCGGCAGCGGGCGGUCGUACAAGCGAUAUGGAUGCAGGCGCUUGGCUGGGCCGUUGGCGCUGUGCUGCGCAGCAGGGCCCGCGUUGUUCUGCGACGGCAGCAGCAGCUGCAUCAGCACAUGCAACAGCUGCAACAGAAAGACAGUCAAAGCAGCCAGCAAGAGCAGCAAGAGCGCAACAACGUAGGAACAGCACCAAAGACCGAAGACAGGUACUGACAGGUACUGCAAGCCCAGUCAAGUAUGCCGUCGGGAACUUGUCUCGCCCGCGCCGGAGCCACCAGGACAGGAGUAAUUAAGUAUGCACCUACGGUGGAACCAAGAACCGGACGGACGCGCAAUGUUGGCGCAUCUGCAUGCGGAAGCGAGACGCCGCUUGAGCCAACGAUCCCUAUGCCCCCUUCUUCUCAAUCUUCAGCAUAUUUGGAAAUCCGCGUUGGCCAACUCAUAUUAAUAUGCCUGGAUCACCUCGAGCUCCCCAACGAACCCAUUUUCGUUUCUCACGAUGUCGACGUACCUUUAUUAUGGCGUUCGCGCAUUUGGUAGCCUGGAAGCUGCGGGCCGCAACUCCGAAUACCAGCGUUAGCUACGUUUCUUUCCAUGUAACAACUUCGCUAUGCUAUGCUCUUCAUUAUGUUGCAUGACCCUCAGAAAGAGUUUGGUUG